ACGAGCAGUGCUUUGCUCGUUGUCGGCGUGAAUGCAUCAAAUUUGUUGAAAGCUCGCGGUGCACAAUUUAAACAUACUCUCGUAAAGUGUUUGAUUUCGGUCAAAUCAUUUUUAUUCAAAGAUUUUAUUUUGUUUGCAACGAAAUUCAAUUCCAUUCAGUCACACUUUUUAAUUGAUAAGAAAAGAAAAAAAGAAAAUCUUUAGAAAAAUGACGACGCCACAGUCAGAUAUUGAAAAGCGAAAACAGAUCAGUGUUCGUGGUAUUGCUCAAGUUGAGAAUGUGGGUGAAGUUAAGAAAGGAUUCAAUCGUCAUCUCCAUUAUACUUUGGUGAAAGAUCGUAAUGUGGCCACACCACGAGACUACUAUUUCGCUUUGGCCCAUUGUGUUAAAGAUCAUAUGGUAUCGCGAUGGAUUCGUACCCAACAAUACUAUUAUGAAAAGGAUCCAAAACGUGUUUACUACUUGUCCUUGGAAUACUACAUGGGUCGUGCAUUGCAAAACACCAUGAUCAAUUUGGGAAUUGAAGGUGCAUGCGAUGAAGCCAUGUACCAAAUGGGUCUUGACAUCGAAGAAUUGGAAGAAUUGGAAGAGGAUGCCGGAUUGGGAAAUGGAGGUCUUGGACGUUUAGCAGCUUGUUUCCUCGACUCAAUGGCAACACUCGGUUUGGCCGCUUAUGGUUAUGGUAUUCGUUAUGAAUACGGUAUCUUUGCCCAAAAAAUUAUCAACGGUGAACAACAAGAGGAGCCAGAUGAUUGGUUGCGUUUUGGUUGCCCAUGGGAAAAGGCACGUCCCGAAUUUAUGCUUCCAGUUAACUUUUACGGUCGUGUCAUCGAUACACCAGAUGGCAAAAAAUGGGUUGACACCCAAGUCGUCUUUGCCAUGCCUUACGAUAAUCCAAUUCCCGGUUAUCGCAACAACUAUGUGAACACCCUUCGUUUGUGGUCGGCCAAGAGUCCAAUCGAUUUCAAUUUGAAAUUCUUUAACGACGGUGACUACAUUCAAGCUGUGUUGGAUCGUAAUCUUGCCGAGAAUAUUUCCCGUGUCUUGUAUCCAAAUGAUAACUUCUUCGAAGGCAAAGAAUUGCGUUUGAAACAAGAAUACUUCAUGUGCGCCGCCACAUUGCAAGACAUCAUUCGUCGUUUCAAAGCAUCGAAAUUCGGUUCACGCGAUGCCAUUCGCACCGAUUUCGCACACUUCCCCGACAAAGUAGCCAUCCAAUUGAAUGACACCCAUCCAUCGAUGGCCAUUCCAGAAUUGAUGCGCAUCUUGAUUGAUGUUGAAAAAUUGUCAUGGGAACAAGCAUGGGAUAUCACUACACGCAGUUGUGCAUACACAAAUCACACCGUUUUGCCAGAGGCUUUGGAAAGAUGGCCGGUUACAAUGCUUGAAUCGAUUUUGCCACGCCAUUUGGAAAUCAUCUAUCACAUUAACUUUUUGCAUCUAGAAAAUGUAAAGAAAAAAUUCCCAGACGAUAUGGAUCGUUUGCGUCGUAUGUCUUGUGUUGAAGAGCACGGUGACAAACGUAUUAACAUGGCAUUUUUGUCAAUUGUUGGUUCGCAUGCUGUUAACGGUGUUGCUGCAUUGCAUUCGGAAAUUCUUAAAGCCGAUUUGUUCAAGGACUUCUAUGAAUACCAACCGGAGAAAUUCCAAAACAAGACUAACGGUAUUACACCGCGUCGUUGGUUGUUGCUUUGCAAUCCAGGUUUGAGCGAAAUUAUUUGCGAGAAAAUCGGCGAAGAGUGGCCAGUUCAUUUGGAAAAAUUGGCUGGAUUGAAGAAAUUCGCCAAAGAUCCGAAUUUCCAACAACAAAUUGCCAAAGUUAAGCAAGAAAACAAAGUGAAAUUGGCCGCUUUGCUUGAAAAAGACUAUGGCGUUAAAGUGAAUCCACAAUCUAUGUUUGACAUUCAAGUCAAACGUAUCCAUGAAUACAAACGUCAAUUGCUCAAUUGCUUGCACAUCAUCACCUUGUAUAAUCGCAUCAAGCGUGAUCCAACCGCCAACUUUGCACCAAGAACCAUCAUGAUUGGUGGCAAGGCUGCACCGGGUUACUAUACAGCCAAACAAAUUAUCAAAUUAAUUUGCGCCGUUGCCAACGUUGUCAAUAACGACCCGAUCGUCGGCGAUAAACUCAAAGUUAUCUACUUGGAGAACUAUCGUGUUACAUUGGCCGAGAAAAUUAUGCCAGCCGCCGAUUUGAGCGAACAAAUUUCAACAGCCGGUACAGAAGCAUCGGGCACUGGUAACAUGAAAUUCAUGUUGAACGGCGCACUGACAAUUGGCACAUUAGACGGCGCUAAUGUAGAAAUGGCAGAAGAGAUGGGACGCGAGAAUAUUUUCAUCUUCGGUAUGACUGUCGAAGAGGUUGAAGAUCUCAAGCGUAAAGGUUACAAUGCAUACGACUACUACAAUCGCAAUCCAGAAAUCAAACAAGUCAUCGACCAAAUCUCAUGCGGCUUCUUCAGCCCGUCCAAUCCAAAUGAAUUCAAAGGCAUUGCCGACAUUCUACUCAAAUGGGACGGCUACCUAUUGCUCGCCGACUACGAAGAUUACAUCAAGACACAAGAUCUUGUGUCAAAAACUUAUCAGAACCAAAAGAAGUGGUUAGAAAUGGCCAUCCAUAACAUUGCAUCCAGCGGUAAAUUCUCCAGCGAUCGAACAAUCGAAGAGUACGCUCGGGAAAUUUGGGGAGUGGAACCAACAUACGAAAAAUUGCCAAAACCAUCCGAACCACGAGAUGCAUAAGCAAUUUAUUGACAGCCACUGCCAUCUCAAUUUAGCACAAGAGAUUUUUAUUUAGAGAUUGUUACCAAACAACACAUCUAUAUACAUCGGCUCUAGCGAGCCACAUCACAUCGUCGAUUUAAAUGUAUCCAAAGCAUAGAACAACAUCGAUAAAUUAUUGUUUUUAUUUUUUUAUUAUUUUAACUUUGUUAUGUAAAUAUAUAAAAACGAACGAUUAAACUAUGCCUGGUUCCAUCAAGUUAGUUUGAUAGUUUAGGAACAUCAAAUAUUUAGAAAAGAAAAAAAAAACCAUAAAGACGUUAUUCAUAUUAUAUCCAAUGUCUGAUCAAUAUUUUUGUAAAUUUUAUUUGUUCCUCUUUUUUAAAAUUAAAAUUCAUAUUCUCUAUUUCA